UGAAUUAUAUGAAAUUUAUUUCUUUCAAAAAGCACCUCAUCAGCGUGAUAAUGAACACUUGGACAACUUACCAGUUUAAAAGUUUAAUAUCUUCCAUAAAUGAAGAAUUUCAAUCGAAAGAUAUUAAUGAGGCGUCCAUUAUUCAACUGUUAUCCAUGUACAAAAGCAACGAAACAGACUGGGAAAUGUUUGCUAAGUUUGAUGACGGGAACUACACACGUAACCUCGUCGACGAAGGUAACGGGAAAUACAAUCUUAUGAUUUUAGCUUGGAAACCUGGCCAGGGCUCCUGCAUCCACGAUCACGCUAAAUCAAAAUGUUUUGUAAAAAUCCUCGCUGGAACCCUGCAAGAAAUUAGGUACGAUAUUCCAAAGAAAGGCAGAAAUUUCAGCAAGAUUGGCCAGUACACCAGAGAAAGAGAUGACGUCGCAUUUAUCGACGAUUCAAUUGGCGUGCACGAAAUGAAAAAUGAUGGGUCGGACCCCGCUGUUUCUCUUCACUUGUAUAUUCCACCUUUCAGUCUAUGCAAUACAUUCGAUGCCGAGACUGGAGAAGCAAAUCCGUGCGAAAUGAGUUACUGGAGUGUUUUUGGAAAAGUUUUGGCCGGAGAGGAAUCAAAAAUCUCUAAAGAAGCAGCAAGCGAAUUCAUCAAACCAUGCUGUUGAUAGAGACACUGGUAUUCAUGGAAGCCCUAGGAUUGUAAAUUAUUUUUGGAUUGUUUUAUUUUAAUUCUGCUUAUAUUACCUGUAUUGAAC